AUGAAUAGUAUAUAAAAUACUUCAUAAGAAAUUAGAAUAAAUAAUCUUUAAACAGAUUUAAAACAGUUGUCAACCAAUACAAAUUUAUAUGUACUUUAAUCAAAAGAUGAUAUAGCAUCAUUAAAUGAUAAGUUAAAUUUUAUCAUGAAUUAGUAAAAUUAGAAUACUUCUGUAUAAUAAUGAUUCUAUAGUUAGAGCAUAAAUAUGAUUUAAGAGAAAUUGAAUUAAAGAGUUGAACAAAUUUUUUAAGAGCACGAAACUAAUCUUCUUAAUAAAAUAAAAGGAAUUGAGGAGUAAAAACAAUUAUAACAGGAAGAAGAUAUAAAAAAAAGAUAAGAGAUGUUGAAUAAAUUUUAAUACUUAGAUUAAUUAGUAGAUUAAUUGGAUAAAAAAUUUGAAUUAAAGGCCAACGAUAAAUUUAUUGUUAAUACAAUAUAAAAUAACCUAAUCAAUAAUUAACUACUUCAAUAAACAUUAAUUGAAAAAUCGAUAAAGUUAAUUGAUGAACUUAUAAAAUAAAAAUUGGAUGAGAUGUAAAAGUGGACAGAUGAAAAGAUUUAAUAGUAAUAUUAUCAAAUAUAGAAUUUUUCAACUUAUUUAAGGAAAUCAGAAAGAGUGGUUGAAGAAUUAUCAAGUGCCAUAACACUUACUAAAAAUUCAACAAUAGAAUUUGAAAAAGAAUUUAAUUAAUAGAUUAGUGACAUUUCAUAAAAAAAUUAAAUUUUUAAGGAAACAAUUACUAUAUAAACUAAAGGGUAAUAAUUUUUGGUUAUUGUUUUAGAAUGCUAACUUAGAGUACAUAACUAAGGUAAUAAUUUGAUUAAUUAGAACAAUAUAUUUAAGUUGAAUUUAAUAAAAUAUAAUAGAAUCAAGGAAAUAUUUUAUCUUAAAUUCAAACAAAGAUAGAUUCCAUGAACAAUUAUAUAUAAUUCUGUUUAAAUAGUUCAGAAUAAAAAUUAUUUUCUCAAUGUAAAUAAGAAGAUUAAAAUAUGAUGGAAAAACUUACAAGUGAGUUUGAAAGAAGGUUUAACAUUAUUCAAGAUAAGACAAUUUCUUUAGAAUAGGAAAUAAAUAAUUAAGCAGAAAUUAAUAACCAGACAAAAGAAAAAUUAAAUAAUAUUUUAAAAAGUUAAUAGGUUCAUUAAAGAUUAUAUCAAAAAAAAGAGGGAGUACCUUAAAUGAAUUAGAAAUAAAAUACAAAAGAUUAGUUGUUAGUUAUUGACAAUUUAUUUAGAUAUAUAUCAUAGAUAUAUGCUUAAAUUCAUAAAUAAAUCUAAUUACCAGAAAAUGAAUAAAUUUAAGCUAUUUAAGAAUCUACUAGAAAUUCAUAAUCUUGUUCUUAAGUAAUUCUAAUUGAAGAAUAAUCAAAAUCUACAAAAAAAAUAAAUGUAUCUCCAAAUAAAAGUCCUGAAAGAGUUGAGAAAUUAAUAACUGAUAAAUAGGAUCCAAAAGAUUUGAAAAGUUAGAUGUCAUCUGUAGAAAGAAUUUAAGGAGAUUAUCAUAAAAAUUAUGAUAAAAGUCCAUUUGCUACUAUAGAAAAACCAAGCAAAGGAGAUAAAAUUGGAGAAGAAAUGUUUAGUGAUUCAAAAUUAUAAGAAUCAAAUCGUUAUCCAUUAUUAGUAGUUGGAAAGAGUAUAUAUAUAAAUAUUAACUUAGCUUAAAUAUUGGAUAUAAGACCAUAAUAAGAUAUAAUGUCUUUACAAUAAAAAGUCAAAAAGGUCUAAAGUAUUCUAGGAGUAGACAUUCUUGGUUAAAGAUAAUAUAAUCAUUCAUAUUAAGCUUAAAGAUGUAACUCUGCAUCUAAAAGACUUCCUAAAAUAAAUUCAAGAAAUUUAAACUUUAGUAUAGAUUGA